AUGGCGGAUAUCGUCGGCGCCAAACCUCGUCAUCCCUUGGCCGAGACGACAAACCGCAUGAACUCCCCCUACCCGUCUGCCGAGCAGCAUCAGAGCAAGCGUCGGCACGACCAAGUCGAGGGCUCUCACCCCCAUGCUCACCCUCACCCCCCUCACCCUCGCCAUGCCUCUUCCAAGCCGGCCGAGGGACGCCCUCAUCAUGUUGACAACAACGCAAGACUAUCGGCGGUGCUGAGCCCGCCAAGGCCUGUCGAGGACGACAAGCGACUGUCCCAGGCUUCAUACGCGUCCACGUCGAGCAGCCGCAGCAAGAAGAAUUACAAGACACACAUCGGUCCCUGGCAGUUGGGCCGCACGCUUGGCAAGGGUUCCUCCGCUCGCGUCCGCCUGUGCCGUCACAGCGGCACCAACCAGCUGGCCGCCGUCAAGAUCGUCAACAGACGGAUGGCCUAUCUGGUGCAAGAUAGCAGCUUGGCCGCCCUCAGCAAGUGGGACAGCAGCCUGCCCGAAGUCAACGGCGAGAUGCGCGUCCCCAUGGCCAUCGAGCGCGAGGUGGCCAUUCUCAAGCUCAUUGAGCAUCCCAAUAUCAUGAAGCUGUAUGAUAUCUGGGAAAAUCGAUCCGAAGUAUACCUGAUUCUCGAAUUCAUCGACCAGGGUGAUCUGUUCACCUUUAUCAACAGCAAGGGACGAUUGUCCGAGGAGGUGGCCAUUUUCUUUUUUCGCCAGAUGAUCAGCGCCAUUGCCUACUGCCAUUCUUUCAACGUGUGCCACCGCGACCUGAAGCCGGAAAACAUUCUCAUCACGGCCGAUCUUCAGAUCAAAAUUGCCGACUUCGGCAUGGCCGCCCUUCACCAGACCGACACGCACCAGCUCGCGACCGCCUGUGGAAGCCCACACUAUGCCGCCCCGGAGCUCCUCAAGAACAGGCAGUAUCGUGGCGACCGUGCCGACAUAUGGAGCCUCGGCGUCAUUUUGUACGCGAUGCUUUCCGCCACCCUGCCGUUUGACGAUCCCGACCUACGCGUCAUGAUGGCCAAGACCAAGAAGGGCCACUACGAGAUGCCGAGAUAUCUCAGCCCCGAAGCCGAAGACCUCAUCCGACGUAUGCUCCAGGUGAACCCGGAGCGUCGUAUUGCCUUGAAAGAUAUCUGGCGUCACCCCGUCGUCCAAAAGUACAGCUAUCUCGACGAUUUCGGCGACAGUAGCGGUCAACUGCCGGACACGCGCAAGGGUUUUCAGUAUAGCCCCGUGCCGCGCCAUGAGAUUGACCCUCAGCUGCUUCGCCAGCUGCGGUCCAUGUGGCACAUGUUCAGCGAGCAAGAUCUGGCUUUGAAGCUGUCCUGCGACGAGUCCAAUGAUCAGAAGGCCUUUUACUGGCUGCUUCAUAACUAUCGGAACAAGCAGCUCGAAGACUUCAAGCCGGAGCUGGCCCACUCCAUGAGCGACUACCAUCACCUGAAGCCCACAAUUUGGAAGAAGCGAGUGUCGACGUGCCAGUUUGCCCAACCUCGGGCCAACGGCCACGGCCGAUCCGUUUCGCGUUUCACCGUCAUCUCCAACGCGGCCGAGACCGAGGCGGAGACGGACAAGAGCUACGAUCCGUACAGAGGAAGCCGCAUCCUCCAGAAUAGCAACCCGGAAGCUAGCCAUGCAAAGAUUGUCAUCCACCGGGAUGUGCAGGCGGCGGCGAACGUUGCCCAGCAAGCGAGGGCUCGCAGCGGCUCCAACGCUCGGCGUGCCCGAUCAAACUCGACCAAGACUCCCUCCGGCAUGGCUCGACAGCCAUCGAGGGGCUCCCUCGUCUCUCUCCGUGGCAGCAGGCAGGGAGCCUCGCACGCUGCCGGCACUAACCUGCGCCGAAAGCGAGGCGUCGACUUUUCACACAUUCGAACGCGGUCGAGUUCGGUCGACCCCUCGCAGGGGUCCUCCUCUCGUCGUCGUACGGGUGUACCCUCCGGUGCGGCGUCCGACGGCUCGUAUCGCCGUGAUGCGCCCACGCGCUCGCGCUCGCCGGAGAUGCCCAAGUUGGCGGAUGGAACGUAUCCCAAAGCCAAGGGAGCGCCCGUCCUUCGAAUAGCCGAGAAGGACGGCGCGUCGAUGAUUUUCAACGAUGAGCUCCGCCAUUUUAGCAACAACUGCGCCAAGGAUUGCGACGAGGCAUUCCGAAGCUCUCUCAUCGACACCGAGUCCGUCGGCGGCUCCUGGACGGAUGCCGAAAAGAAGGGUCGCGCAUCAACGCCCUUCUCGCUAGCUCUCGACAGCCCAUCUAUUGCGACGCCGACGACGGACACGUCGAGCAGCAGCACGUGGAAUACACGACCGCUGCCACCCCUGCCCGCAGAAGAAGGCUCGAAGAACGCACUGGGUACAAGUCAGGACGGUGUCGACUCCCAGAUGGCAUCGGGCGACGAGGAUGACGAGAAUGCCGAGACGCUUGCCGAGGAUACGCCUACGAGGCUUGCUCUUCCUGUCUUGCUUCCGAAUCACUCGGACCGCCGGAUCGUCUCCGCACCGCUUUUUAACCAGACGAACAGGAAGUUAUCGACCCUUCCCUCAAUUAAUGAAAAUGCCGGCGCGGACCCCGACGGCGCUCGCGUCGUCUCCGCUCCGCCCCACGGUCAGGUGGGCAGGGACAGUGCGGCACACGACGGUGUCGACUAUCUGGGCAAUGCCGAGAAUACGAUUCGAGUUGUUCAUUCUCCGGGAGCGACCAGUCCCACCAAGGUGUCGCAGCAAGCGGACGUGCGAAAGAAGUCGGCGACGGAGGAUCUCGGACGCAAGCUGCAUCGACAGCUCGCAUACAAUGCGGGGGAGUGCGAUGAUGCUGCGGCCGAUGGUUCGACGCAGGACGCCAACACGGUAGCCAAGAAGAAGAAAUCUUGGUUCAAGCGUUCGUCAAAAGCCGAGCAGGAUCCGGUGAUGGAGAAGAAGGCCAGCGGCAGCGUGACGUCGGUGCACAACGCUGAUGAGGAUCUCCCCGCUGCCGAAGCGGUCCCGAAAAAGUCAUUUACAUUUCCAUUCUGGAAGAGCAGCAGAGCUAGAGACUCGAAGAUGAACGCCGACGGCGAAGCGGACAAUGGGGUUGCUGUGCUGCGGAAUCAGGUGCUGCGCGAGGCUGCAUCCGCGCGCGGCACCGAGGACCAGGUGGCCAAGACGACGACACGAGACUCGAAGAGGUUGUCUGCCGUGCGCGAGUCGGGCUCCGGCAGCAUGCGGAAUAUAGAAGUCAAGCAGAACUGGCUCACGAGGCUGUUUCGGGUGAAGCCGGCGACGAGUUACAUUUGCAUGACCCUCUCGCGCAAGCGAGCUCGACAGGAGGUGACGAUUCUCUUGCGCGAGUGGCGACGGUACGGAAUCAAGGGGAUCCAGGUGGACAAGGAUCGCAACAUCAUCUUUGCACGGCUCGCAGCUAAGAACUAUUUGAACCUCAAAGAAGUGGAAUUCGCGGCCGAGGUGAUGACGGUGAUUGAGCAUGGAAAGCGGCAGCAGAUGAGCAUCGUCCGAUUCACGCAGGAGCGCGGGGCGGCAAGCAGCUUUCAGCGCGUCAUCGAGACGAUGCGAAGCAUGUUCGAGAGCCGACAGCUGGUCGUCACGGACAAGAACAAGCAGAAGAUGAUGAUCAAGACGCUCAACGCGUAG